AUGGGGCUUUCAAAGGCCUCAGCAGUAUAUUGCACACAUGAAUUUGUACAAGAACUAUGUCGCCUGAAGAACGAGUUUAUAAAAUUUCCAACUUCCAGAGCUGAGGUUCAAAAAAGAAUUGAAGGCUUUUCACACAAGAGUGAAGUCCCCAAUGUCAUGGCAGCUGUUGAUGGUAGUCAUGUCCCAAUCAAAGCUCCAAAGACAAAUCACGAGGACUAUUUUAACCGCAAGCAUUUUUAUAGUUAUGUUGUCCAAGGAGUUGUAGAUUCCUCCCAACUCUACUUGUCUGUUUCUACGGGAUACCCUGGGAGCAUGCWURAUGCUAGAGUUUUGAGAUUAACAGAGCUGUUUGACGCAGCAGAGAACGAGGAUAUCCUCAUGGAGCCAACACUAGAUGUAAAUGGUACCGUCAUUCGUCCACUUAUCGUUGGCGACUCUGCGUAUSCAUUAAAAACUUGGUUACUUAGGCCCUUUAAAGACAAUGGUACACUCGAUCAACACCAAAGAUAUUUCAACAAAGAGCUUUCUAAAGCUAGAGUAGUGUCUGAACAUGCCUUUGGUUCUACGAAAAAUCGAUGGCGAGUCCUACAGAAAAGGCUAGAUGAGCAGUCAGACCGAGUUCCUGAUACGAUAUUUGCAUGCUGUGUGCUACACAACAUUUGUAUUUUGAGAGGAGACCAGUACAACGAUGGUAGUGAUGAUGAAGAUGAUGAUAGUGAUGAUGAUGCCGAUGAUAGACCCCCCUCUCGUGCUGCUAAUAAUAUUGUACAAGCUGUAGUGGAUUACUUAGCAAACCAGUAA